CUUGCCUAAAGCAAAAAGUAAAAGGUUGAAAAGGAAACGAAAACCAUUUCAAUGAGGAUUUUUGAGAAGUCUCGUGGUUAUUCAUAUUUAAAUGCAUCAAUCCGAAAGUGUAAGUUUCAAUUGUUGCAGUAAACAUGGACUCGCAGUUCGCAGAGGAACUUAAUUGCUCCGUGUGUUAUGAAAUCUUCGAGAAUCCUGUUGUUUUAUCGUGCAGUCACAGUUUCUGCAAGGAGUGUGUUCGACAGUUCUGGAGAACCAAGGAAACGCAGGAGUGUCCCGUCUGCAGGAGAAGAUCCUCAAGGGAUGAUCCGCCGACUAAUCUUGUGUUAAAAAACUUGUGUGAGUCGUUCCUGAAAGAGAGAAACAAGAGCCAUUCGUCGGAGCCUGAGGAGAUAUGCGGUCUACACGGUGAGAAACUCAAGCUCUUCUGUCUGGAGGACAAACAGCCGGUGUGUUUAGUGUGCAGAGAUUCACAAGCACACGAUAACCACAAAUUCAGACCAAUCAGUGAAGCAGUUUCAUCAUAUAAGGUGAAAUUAAACACAGCUCUAAAAUCCUUACAAGCGAAACUUGAACACACUGAGAACAUUAAAGCGGAAUUCGAGAAAACAGUUCAACAUAUCGAGUCUCAAGCUGAUCACACAGAGCAUCAGAUCAAACAGCAGUUUGAGGAGCUUCAUCGGUUUCUCAGAGAUGAAGAAGAAGUUACGAUCACUGCACUGAGGGAGGAAGAGGAGCAGAAGAAGAAGACGAUGAAGGAGAAGCUGGAGGAGAUCGACAGACACAUCUCAGCUCUUUCAGACACAAUCAAAGACACGGAGGAGAUGAUGAAAGACAACGACGUCUGCUUUCUGAAGAAGUUUCCGGUCUCGAUGGAAAGAGUCCAGAUCUCCUCACAGCCGGAUCCACAGACACCUUCUGGAGCUUUGAUUCAUGUGCCACGAUACUUGGGCAACCUGUCCUUCAGAGUCUGGAAGAAGAUGUGGACCACGAUCCACUUUACUCCUGUGAUUCUGGACCCAAACACGGCUCAUCCGUGUCUCGUCCUGUCUGAAGAUCUGACCGGUAUUAGAGACCGAUGGAACAAACAACCUCUUCCCGAUAAUACUGAGAGAUUUGGCCGCUUUUCCUGUGUUCUGGGUUCGGAGGGCUUUCAUUCAGGAAAACACAGCUGGCACGUGGACGUUGGAGGGAAUUCGUACUGGAUUCUCGGAGUAACUGCGGCGUCGAACCAAAGAAAGGGCCGUGGGUUCUUCGACGCCGAUGUGUGGAGCGUGCAGUACGGACUGCACAAAUGCUCUGGUUUUCCCGUUAAGCAGAAGCUUACGCGUGUGAGAGUGCAUCUGGACUACGACGGAGGAACUGUGUCUUUCACACAUAUACACACGUUCACAACCACCUUCGCUGACGCUGUCUUUCCCUUCUUCGAAACCGCUUCUUCUCUGAGGAUCCUGCCGUUCAAAAUUAAGUAGAUGUUGCGUCUGGUUAUUCCUGCUUGCAUCUUUCGCAUCUCUGGAUCAGCAGGCUUCUUACACGGAUUAUAACUCUUCCUAUCGUCCAUCGGUUGACGUUGAUAUUUCAGCAUACAGCAGCAGACGUUUUCUCAUUACGAUUUCUGACCUCUGACCAUCCAUUUUCACCACUGUAUCUACAAUAUAGUGUCCUUCAAAUAAAUCUAGGGUGAUCGGAUGGCUUACGUUAGCAAACAGCAGCAGUGUUAGUAUCUGCGACCCGUAUUAACCUUUAACAACCAAGACAGAUGCAAGUUUGAAUUGAAUGUUUCCACCUAGAUGGCACAGUCAGUUAAUAGUUAAUGCAUUCCAGUCCUGUCAUUGUUUAAUGGGUUUUGCAAUACUGUAAGAUCACACAGAAUUGACACAGUUUGCAGAAUCGACGUUGUAUAAGAUAUAUGUUUUGUUCCAACAUUGCAUUAACAUUACGACGUGCAUGAUAUGAGCACGUGGGGAUAUAAUCGAUCUAGAUAUUCGGUUCACCUGCGCCGUCGAAGACACCCACAGUGAGGGAAAACAGCGUCUUCCAUAAAAUCGCUGAAACCAGGUGCAGUUAUUGUUCGAUUUCUAUGUUGUGAAUGCAGAUAUAAGUCUUAUCCAUCGGCCGUCUUACGCUUGCUGUCGCUUUUAACUGGAUCGAGUAAGUAACUGCGAAAUGUAUGCUUAGAAUUCUUCAUCUUCACUAAAGUUCACAAGGAUAAAAAAUAAACAUAAAAAAAAGCAAAGAGACUAGAAUAUAUUUGCAUUCGUAGUUUACGCGUGCACGCUAACCUUUUAAAGACCACUAGAUGUCGCUGUCGGACAAUUACUCUGAGCUGCCAAAGUACACAUGCACAGUACAAUGCUCAAAUUUAAUUUAAUUUAAUUUAAUUUAAUUUAAUUUAAUUUAAUUUAAUUUCAGAGUUUUUAAUUAUACAUGCAGCUUUUAAUGCUCACUUGAAACCCUUAAAUUAAAUUCAGCAUAAUUAACAAUACAUUUAGCUCGCAAUGUUAAAUUAAAUUACAGUCAAUUUAGAGUUAUUAAUUAUACAUACAGCUUUCGGCGCUCACCUGAAAUUAAAUUCAGCGCAUUUCCAGCAUCUAAAACCUGUUUUAUGUCACAAUGCAUCUUUAUUUCUACAAGCAAAAACAAACAGAAAGUCAAACAGACGUUACAUGUUCGGGUGCACGGAAAGACAGCUGUUUACAUGCAACAAGUUUUCUGCUUUUUCGUUACGUAGGCUCGGUUGCAAUAUAGUAAGUGCGGUAAACAAACGUUUAAUUGUUAACUCGUUUGCAUGCUUGAAUACAUUUUAUUUGGGGAAAACGGUGGCAUUUGAUCUGUUUUAUCUUGUUGAGAGUGAAACAGAAAGGAUUCGUUCUUGUUGUUUUUCAGUUCGGGAUUAAAAGCAUGCUUUCUUUUCAUUUGAAGCGCUCUCACCUCUUGUCGCAGUCAAUAAUUAAGUUCUUUUUGCCUCUCUCAGGCUCUGUAUUAAACUCCUCCAGCCUUUCGCAGCAGUCAUUUUCCAUAACAGUUUAACCACGUGUAUGCAGACAUUAAUGCACCUGCCAAACAGUGCAGGACAAAACGCAGUGGGAUUAUUGCCUGAGAGGGGAAAAUUAUUUCCAGGAAGUGCCGUGGCUCUCGAUGGACAUGUUUACUGAUGUAUGACCUCCUGGUAUUUGCCGCUAAUUUGCCAUUAAUGGGUUCAAGCUCUGCUUGGAAAUUAGCAAAGUUUUCUCGGAACGAUUUCCAUAAACAGUCUCCAGACUACUUUGAUCUUUUGCUUUGAUUACUGGAGUCAUAGAGGCAAGCAUCGGACUCUCUAUACAAUGCUUACACACAUAUACGGCCUUCUGACCUUUAGGUAAAGUUCACCGUGAAUCCGUCAGCUUGAGAAUGAACGGCAAAUGUGAUUUUGGGAAAGGCCAGUUGUUAAAUGGCUCAGCCGCUUUCCUGGUUCAAUCUAUUCAGCAAAUGCAAUUUGCUAACAGCUUCCCAAAAUAGCCAACAAUCCCAUUUCUUUUCGAAUUAAACGAAGGGAGGGUAAAAUGUCUUAUUCGCUGAAUGGCGCUCGAAAUUGCAUUAUCAGUGGGGCUGUCCGCUAAACACCUUGCUAAAUUAGUCGUUUAAAUACAACCGGAUUUAAAGGAGACCGGGCAACUAUUUUCACUCCCAUAUAUCCGCCUUUGUGUGCGAAAGGGUUCGGGUAACAAAGCACCGUUUUUCUCUCGCAGGGCGUUUCCUUGUCUACUUGAAAAAGUAGAUUUUUCCUAAAGAGAGGCUUGAAAGAACAGUUCUAGUGGUAAUGGCCAAAAAUUAAAAUUUGCUGAAAAUGACAUCCGAGAUACAAAUGUGUUUAUUCACAGAAACAGGUUUGAAGAAACGUAGCAUUUCGCAACUUGCUCCCCGAAGGAGCGAGCGGUGAAUGGGUGCCGUCGGGAAAGAGAGCAGAUAGAAACGAGUCCAUAAGAACACGGCCCUUUCUCUUCCGUGUCUUGUGAAGAGAAAAGCUGCUUGUAUGUGAGUGACAAAACUCUUUCUGACGGCACCCAUUCACUGCAAAGGAUCCAUUGCCGAGCAAGUGACGGAAAGCUGUAUUUCUCUAAAUCUGGUAAAGAAGCAAAUUCAUCAGGAGCGCAUUUUCAGAAGGCUAUUUCUUUAAUUUUAUACUCACAUCCGCCGUAUUGUUGAUAGAUUGAGUAUAAUGUCACACCCCAUCGUGCAAUAACAAUAUAUUUACUAGUUACCAUCCUAGUACAACCCUAUCUUAAUCUACUCCUACACUCUUAAAAAUAAAGUAGUUUCACAAUGCCAUAGAAGGACCUCUUUUUUCUAAUUAGUUCAGUAAAGAAACCUUAACAUUUAAGCUGCGCAAAAAGUUCUUUGUGGAUAAAGAAAGGUCUUCAGAUUAUUAAAAGGUAAGAAAGAGGCGGUCCUUUGGCUGAACGGUGUUUUUACGUAUGUGUGUUUUUAUUCUCGUCUUCUUUUUUUAUUGCCUGUGUGCUGUUGCAAGCGUACUUGGCAGUAAAGCGCUUUCUCACCCAUUUAUUCAUUUUGCGGUAGGUUACUGUAUGCGAACGACGCAGCCUCUCUGUUUUGCUUCGCUCAUCAGCGCUUAAUUCGCAGAUUAUGUCACCGCAUGACUAACCCACAACAACACCUCACGCAGAGAUUGUGUAAAAGGAAAAAGUACCGUAAUCAGUGUCCGGUGGGCCUAGAUGCGUCAUUUUGAUUUUCGAACUGAAACUGAACAGGGGAUCCAUAAUUCCCAGCGUGCGUUGAAUACGACUUAAUGCGGAGAGUCAAUGUUGCAUCUAAUUCAACGCUGAAUUUAAAUGUUAUUUGAUGUGUUUUUGAGACACCGAACAGCAUGACCUUUUCUAAUUUAAUCAUAAGGAAAUGACUAUUUGGUAUGCUGCUGUGUGUCGUUAGUUAGCAGGCUAGUGAGGGUUACGUAAAAAUGAACAUAACAACGAUGCACACGCACGGAAUCACCAAUUUGGUCGGUAUUUCAUUACAUUAAAUGUGUGGUAACAAAUCUAAUUGAUUCACUAAAGACUGAGACGAACAAUGACGUAAAUAUAUCAAUUUCAAACCCUUCGGUGAAUGCCGGGCGGUGUCCUCUGCUUUGACAUUAAGCGUUUGCAUACGGCGUUUGAAUAUUUAGAAAAAGGACACUUGCAACCUCCUGCACCCUGAGAGAUGGGUUGUCAGUAAACAACAUCAACAUACGGGCAGAGACGGCAAAAUUGAAAAAGAAGGGGGUAUGUUGACAAAGAGAUAAAGAGUGGAACGACACUGUGAUGAAACUGGUUUGUCAAGGCUGUGGCUAGUGGCAAAUGAGUGACUGAACUCAAAACAAACACUGGAAUGCAUAUGACCUGAAAAAACGAACGGCCAGAACCUGUUGAUGAUGUGUCAACAAUAAACAGUGAUUUUGAGGAUUGCUUUCGGGCCUGCUCGAACAUUUUAUGAGCGAGAAGAAAUGAAAGGGUAAAAGGUGCACUCGUAAAGACGGUACGAUCUAUAGGUUUGAAGGAAUUCGCUCGCAUGCCGGCAAGGGCACAGUAUUUAUAGAGUCCAAAGUGCAACAGUAACUAUUUAAUAGAAUUUUUUCCCAUUUGUUGAAGCUUCUGACUUAAUCGUAAUGUUUCAGAAAAGCAGUGAAAGGGAUUUGGUACCUGGGUGCCGUCAGAAUGAGAGU